AUGGCUUUGAACGACAACGACAACACUCUCGUCGGCGCACGCGGCGUUGACGUUCACCCUGGUGUAGCAAACCCCACCAUCUCGUCCACGCAUGCCGACCCUCUUGCGGCAAACUUUGUGACGGAUCCUACAACGGACGUCAGAGGUGCAGGAGCGGCAUCCAAUUUCACCGGCCACAAAGAAGCUCAAAGGAACUUUAGUAAGACAGCCGGAGUGGUGGAAGGUCGUCCAGGGGUCAUCGAGACUUCGAAUAUCGAUCCAUUGAACGAGAACUCCAACGAAGAUGAUGGUUGGGCAAACGCACGUACCGAAACCGCAGGUUCGGGUGCAGGUUCCACCGCCUCGGGAGCUUUCAACGCCGCCACCUCUACUGCUUCGAGUGUGGCAGGUGUCGCUGCUGGUGCUGCUAAGAUGGCUUAUGGACAUGCUGUAGGUGAUGAGGCGUCGAAGCAGCAAGGUCGGGAAGCAGUGUGGGGUAAGACUAAGAAGUCGUAACUACGGAGAGAAGAAUCAACGGGAAAAUAGGCAUAUGUACCAUUACCUGUAUAUAAUGGGACUUUGGAUUAAUCGUCCUGUACG